GCCGUCAUCUGGUGGAGGUUGACCUGACGUGGAGUUGAAUUUCGCCACCCUGGCGCGCCUGGCGGGCAACGGAAGUAAAUAUAUCACUCCUCUGCUUGGAAUUUCUGAACUGCUUGCACACAGUUGUGGACAUCUCCAGCUGUCACAACUCGCACAACACUCGACAGCGAGCUCGACACCAUGCCUGCACCAACGCAGACUCUGCCGCUGCACCGUAUCCGUUUCUUCGACCAUACCCCCUCCCCCAUCGUCGCCCUCGCCUUCCCGCCCCAGCCCCUCCCCGUCCCGCGCGACCCAGCAAGUGUCAAGGGCAAGGCGCGCGAUGCAACCGACCGCUCCGAGCUGGGCGCGCUCGUCGUCGCGCGUGAGAACGGCGAAGUAGAGAUCUGGCAGUACUCUCCUUCCGAGGAGGGCUCUCUAGGCAACUGGGUCCUGUAUAAGACACUUCCGCCGACUCUCACCCACCCUACUAUCUCGGUCAUGGCGCUCGUCCUCCGUGACCCGGAGAACUUCCACUCCAAGCCUUACACCGUUCCGCGCAUUGAAGACCUCCGCCUGUUCGUCGCCGGCUCCGAGUCCACCGAGCUCACGGAGCGCUGCCUCGAGACCGGCAGGGUGCUGCAAACGUACCCUAUCCCCUCGCCGCCACUGUGGAGCCUUAGCGCCUCCCCAACACAGCAGCUGCUGUGUCUCACCACCAACUCGCCCUCGCUCCAUUUCGUCUCCAUUCCCCCACCGCUCCUUCCCGGGAGCGUUACCGUGCUCGAGCCCGCCCCUUCCCACCUCCUCCGCUCCGACGCACUGCCAUCAAGGACGCGCACGGUCUCGGUCGCUUGGGGACUUCCGAAGCUCGUGGAGGACAAUGGCGAGUGGAGGUGGCGCGACACCUACCUUAUCACAGGCAACUCCGACUCGUCCUUCCGGAGGUGGGAGCUGCCAUCGGGCGGCGGAGGCGGUGGACGCGUGCAGAUCAAGGGGCGCGCCGUUGUCGAGAAAAUUGCGAAGGGCAAGAAGGGUAGCCACAAGGGCACAGUUGUGUGGGGUGUCGGCGUACUUCCGGACGGGACGUUCGUCACGUCCGACUCGCUCGGUACUGUCGCUUUUUGGGACCCAGCGACGAUGGCGCAGCGCCAGUCGUUCCGGCCACACAAGGCCGACGGCAUGUGCCUCACUGUCGGGCCGGGCGGCCGGACCGUGUUCACUUCUGGCCCUGACCAGAAAGUCUGCCAGUUUUCUGCCGUAUCGCAGGGGAACGGCAAGUCGCAGUGGGCUCUUACCGCCACGAAGCGCCUGCACUCGCACGACGUCCGCGCGCUCGCUGUCUUCCCGCCGUACCUCCCGCUGGCUGCUGACAGCCCACUUCGCCCUCCUCCCCUCAACCCCAACCUUGCGUCCAUUCUCGCCUCCGGCGGUUGGGACAUGGCCCCCACCCUCACACCUGCUGCGGCACCAGACCUUCUCGCUCAGCGCCUCCGUAACCCGCUCGGCAAGGAGAAGGGCGGGCAGGGCAACAAGCACAUCGUCUUCGAGGACGCAUUCCCUCGAAGGCUAUCAAUGUUCGGCGGUCAGCGCGGCGCGCAGCACAUUGCGGUCGCUCGUAGCGCCCGGUUAGUUGCUGGGCGCAAGGACCGCAGCGUGGGCGUUUGGCGUAUCCUCGACGACGAGCGCGGGUGGGAGAAGGCCCUCGAGAUGGAUCUCCGCCUGCGCACCAACCUCAUCUCCCACGCAGUGAGCCAGGACGGCCAAUGGCUCGCCGUAUCCGACCUUUACGAGACCAAGCUGUUCCGUCUCGUGGUGGUCGGCACAACACUGCGGCCUGUGAGGGUGCGCGACUUUGUCUCGGAUCUGGCUUCGGCGCCCGAGCUGGCUGAGCUGGGUCUCAUGCAGAAGGGUUGCGGAUCGUCCGCCCUUCUCUUCACGCCUGACUCGCGCCGCUUGAUCAUGGCGCUCGCCGCCAGCGCGCAUACUGUUGUGCUUGAGCUCGACGAGGAGGGCGUGGAAGUCGUGCGCUCCUUCGCACCGCAGCACACCCUCGUGGGGGGCCGCUCUAUCAAGAACGGCAAGGCGCGGCCGCGCAAGUCUGCGCCCGUCGACGACGACGUAGAGAUGGAGAGCGACGAGGAGACGCCCGCCAAGGGCCCUGCGGCGUGGAUCACCGCUCUCACGGCGUCAGACGAUGCGCAGUGGCUCGCAACGUCCGACCUUGAUGGCAAGGUGACGGUUUUCAACCUCGACACGUUGCAGCUUCACGCGCUGCUGCCGUCUUUCUCCGCCCCGCCCGCCUCGAUCGCGUUCACGCCCACGCACCCCCUCUUGGCACUGGUGCACGCCGGCAACGCGCUGCAGUUCUUCCACCUCGACGCGCGCCGCCUCCUCCCACCAAGCCAGCAGCUCUCGUCGCUGAACCACACCAUGCGCGGCCUGCACUCGGCCGCGCACGGCGCUGCCUGGGAGCCGAGCCGCGUCUCUCCCCGCGCCGCCCGCCUCAUUAUCUGGAGCAACGAUUGGCUCGCAUCCGUGCGCCUCGACCUGGACUUGGUCGCAAACACCAAGAUCCGCGGCGGGAGCGCGACGCCCAGCGAGCCGGAUACGCCGCUGAGCUCGCGCAGCUUGAAGAAGAAGCGGGCGCGCGAAGCCCGCGAGGCGCUCGAGGCGUCGUCGCCGAGCAGCCUUCCCUCGCCCGCAUCCCCGAACAUGCUCCUCUCCCGCGUCCUCAAGACGCCCAGCGCGGCCAACGACCCCGACUUUGUCAAGGUCGCCACGGAUCGCUUCCGCGCUGUUGUGGGCGCAGACUGGCUCGGCGACGGCGAGAUCGUGCUCGCCGAGCGCCCGUACGCUGACUUUGUGGGCGAACUCCCACCCUCAUUCUGGGUGGGCAAGUAUGGGCGUGCGUAGUUCUGUAACUUGCGGUAUCAUAGAGCAUAAUCAUUGCUUGUAUGGACGUCUUAUCUGCCAGGGUC